AUGGAAAACGCAACUUGUGAUACUAAGGAGAAGGAAGUGUUUAAGGAGGAAUUAAAUGAGGACUGUGUGAUUAUAAUGCUGGUCCCAGUUCUCCAGGACUCUACUAUAGAGCAUCUAAUGGAAUCAAAUAUUUCUUCCAUGGAAGACAUCAAUUAUUCAAGUAGCAGACCUGAAUGUCCUAGGAAAAGCAGUACAGUUCACCCAAAGAAGCAGUUCAAGACUCCAUCAAAACCCAGACGGAAGGAGCCAGUCCUUCCUUUGCCAGAAAUCUUGCCUCCAAUUCAUAUGGUGACUCGACAAGACUGGGGUCAAAAACACAAAUUGAGUACUAAUGGUGAUGGUGAGAAAAUAGAGGUUUAUGCAAGAUUCCAGAGACAUGCAUACCUUGAACAAAAAUAUGAUCUUUCUACCACAUCCUUGGAGGCCAGAGUGAGAAUACUACCACAUCACAAGAAACCAAGCAAAAUGAUCAAGGAAAGGAAGUCUCAAAAAAGUUGUAACAUGUGUAUGCGUAAGGAGAGCAAUGUAGCUGACGUUGUAACAUUACCUCAGGCGUCCAUAUUGGCAGCCUGGUCAAAAAUUGCUGCUAGAGCUAUGGAGCCAGGAGCGGUGAAUUCUUGUUCUAUUCCCAAUUCAGCCUUUCUGCAGAAAGCUUCUGCGAUAAGAAGAUCAUGGAAAGAUUAA